GGCCGCGGGGCGAGGCGCGCGCGAUGGAGGGCGACGGCGGGGGCCCCUGGGCCCUGGGGCUGCUGCGCACCUUCGACGCUGGCGAGUUCGCGAGCUGGGAGAAGGUCGGCUCGGGCGGCUUCGGGCAGGUGUACAAGGUGCGCCACGUCCACUGGAAGACGUGGCUGGCCAUCAAGUGCUCGCCGAGCCUGCACGUCGACGACAGGGAGCGCCUGGAGCUCCUGGAGGAAGCCAAGAAGAUGGAGAUGGCCAAGUUCCGCUACAUCCUGCCCGUGUACGGCAUCUGCCGGGAGCCCGUGGGCCUGGUCAUGGAGUUCAUGGAGACGGGCUCGCUGGAGCGGCUGCUGGCCGCAGAGCCGCUGCCCUGGGACCUGCGCUUCCGCAUCGUGCACGAGACGGCCGUGGGCAUGAACUUCCUGCACUGCAUGUCCCCGCCGCUGCUGCACCUGGACCUGAAGCCGGCCAACAUCCUGCUGGACGCGCACUACCACGUCAAGAUUUCGGAUUUUGGGCUGGCCAAGUGCACCGGGCUGUCCCAUUCCCAUGACCUCAGCAUGGAUGGCCUGUUCGGCACCAUCGCCUACCUCCCUCCGGAGCGCAUCCGGGAGAAGAGCCGGCUCUUUGACACCAAGCAUGACGUGUACAGCUUUGCCAUUGUCAUCUGGGGUGUGCUGACGCAGAAGAAGCCCUUCGCAGACGAGAAGAACAUCCUGCACAUCAUGGUGAAGGUGGUGAAGGGGCACCGCCCCGAGCUGCCGCCCGUCUGCAGGCCCCGGCCACGCGCCUGCGCCAACCUCCUGCACCUCAUGCAGCGGUGCUGGCACGAGGACCCGAAGGAGCGGCCCAGCUUCCAAGAAAUCACCUCUGAAACCGAGGACCUGUGUGAGAAGCCGGAGGAGGAAGUCAAGGAGAUGCCCCAGGACUCGGGCAGGGAGAGCUCUCCGGAGCCCAAGAGCGAGGCCGUGCCCGAGGCUACGCGUCUCAAGCGCGCCUCCGCCCCGCCCUUCGAUAAUGACUGCAGCCUCUCGGAGCUCCUGUCACAGCUGGACUCUGGCAUCUCACAGACCCUUGAGGGCCCGGAGGAGCUCAGCCGCAGCUCCUCUGAGUGCAAGCUGCAGUCGUCCAGCAGCGGCAAGAGGCUCUCAGGCGUGUCAUCGGUGGACUCCGCCUUCUCUUCCCGAGGGUCACUGUCGCUGUCCUUCGAGCGGGAGCCGUCCGCAAGUGAUCUGGGCACCACAGACAUCCAGAAGAAGAAGCUGGUGGACGCCAUCGUGUCGGGGGACACGAGCAGGCUGAUGAAGAUCCUGCAGCCGCAGGACGUGGACCUGGUCCUGGACGGCAGCGCCAGCCUGCUGCACCUGGCCGUGGAGGCCGGGCAGGAGGAGUGCGUCAAGUGGCUGCUGCUCAACAACGCCAACCCCAACCUGACCAACCGGAAGGGCUCCACCCCGCUGCAUGUGGCCGUGGAGCGCAGGGCGCGGGCCGUGGUGGAGCUGCUGCUGGCCCGCAAGAGCAGCGUCAACGCCAAGGACGAGGACCAGUGGACGGCGCUGCACUUCGCUGCGCAGAACGGAGACGAGCCCAGCACGCGGCUGCUGUUGGAGAGAAACGCGUCGCUGCACGAGGUGGACUUCGAGGGCCGCACGCCCAUGCACGUGGCCUGCCAGCACGGCCAGGAGAACAUCGUGCGCAUCCUGCUGCGCCGCGGCGUGGACGUGGGCCUGCAGGGCAAGGACGCCUGGGUGCCGCUGCACUACGCCGCCUGGCAGGGCCAUCUGGCCAUCGUCAAGCUGCUAGCGAGGCAGCCGGGCGUGAGUGUCAACGCACAGACGCUGGACGGCCGCACGCCGCUGCACCUGGCUGCACAGCGGGGGCACUACCGCGUGGCCCGCGUCCUCAUUGACCUGUGUUCUGACGUCAACGUCCGCAGCCUGCUGGCGCAGACGCCCCUGCACGUGGCUGCGGAGACCGGGCACACCAGCACCGCCAGGCUGCUGCUGCACCGGGGCGCAGGCAAGGAGGCGGUGACCACCGAGGGCUGCACCGCCCUGCACCUGGCAGCCCGCAACGGACACCUGGCCACCGUGCGGCUGCUGGUGGAGGAGAAGGCCGACGUGCUGGCCCGAGGGCCGCUGCAGCAGACAGCGCUGCAUCUGGCUGCCACUCACGGGCACUCGGAGGUGGUGGAGGAGCUAGUCACCGCCGACCUUGUUGACCUGCCCGAUGCCCAGGGACUGAGCGCGCUGCACCUGGCCGCCCAGGGCCGGCAUGCGCGCACCGUGGAGACGCUGCUCAGGCAUGGGGCUCACAUCAACCUGCAGAGUCUCAAGUUCCAGAGUGGCCAGGGCCCUGCGGCUGCACUCCUGCGGCGCAGCAAAACCUAGCCUGCCGCCCGCGGGCUGUGCCUGCAGGGGCUUCUCGCGCAGCGUGGUGCUCAGCGCGGGGACUCCGGCUAGCCGGGCCGCUCCGCUGCCUUCCGUGGAGGCCAGUGUGCCUGGGUGCUGCUGGGGGGCACGGCACCCACCACCUCACACGUUUGCUGUUAACACAUCUGCCCCUGGCGCCCAGCGUCAGGAGGGGCGAUGCGUCAGAUCAUUUCUUUGGGCUCCCAAAGAGCUGCUGAUGGGGGUCCCUUGGUACCACAGCCGGAGCAAGGAUGUCCCCAUUUCCCAAAGCAAGCCGCUGUGGUUGUGCAGAGCACGCCACACGGAGAGGUGCGGUAGGGACCGGGUCUGUCUGUUCAGGCAGCGGGCAGCCGGCCCUGGCUCAGGAGCUGGGGGGACCCCUCCGUGCGCAGCCCGCAGGCUUAGACCUGUGGAAAGCAUUCCCAGUGUGGAGCUGGGCGGGGCCGCCGCAGGGCAAUGGCAUGGUCAUCCCUCCUGGGCGCCGUGCCCCUGGCACUGCCCUGCUCUUGUUUGUUCCUCCUCUCCCAAACAUCUUUGAACUCUCGAGUCACCUGUGUGAAAGUCAUUUUAAAUUUUUUACAUUGUACAUUCAGUUUUGGACUAAAAACAGUGUUACCUGGUUGGACAGGCAUUUUACCCAGCUUCCGGUGCCUGGGGUGUGGCUUGACAUCUCUGAUGUGUUUGGGGUGCAGCCAGGGGUGGGGGGGGCAGUUGCAUUCUGGGAUGGGAGGGUUUGGUGGCUCCGCCUCCUCGCUCUGGGCAGGAGCGCGGGAGCCCCAUGAAUGCGACAGGACGGAGCAGAGCAGAACGCGACGCCGGGCGGGAUAUUAAUAUACUGUGUAUGUUAGUGUGGAUCGAGGGCAGGACGCUGCUUUUUCGUGACAGGAAGUGCCCGAACCGCAGAACUGGCUAUGUUUUAAUAUGCCUAACAUGCUUUGAGUAUUGUAGGAUCUAGUUCCGGACUCGACACCAGAGGGGGUCUGUUUCGUGUCAAUAAAGCAAAGUACUCAACUUUCUGGAAGACUA